AUGGCGGACCACGCGGAUCCAACUGGCACCGGAAGAACCGAUGCGCCGCUGCGCUCACUCGCCAAUGCGUCGUCGCCGAGGUUACCGCCCGCACCGCUCCAGAUGGCUUCGAGCCCGCACGCCGCCCACCGCUCAAGCUUCGCAGAGAAUAUGCGCGGGCUGCCGCACUCGCCGCGUGCCUCGCGCCAACCAUCCCUCUCACAGCAGGCCCUGCAAGAUCUAUUGAACAACCCACCUACAAAGGGCGGCGACCCCAAGUUCGCAGGGCGGGAUUGGAAGACGGUGCACGUAGGCGAAGUCGUGGACGAGAAGCAGGUGCGGUUCGCGGAGCUCGAUACCAGCGUCGAGGAGGCGACAAAUUUACUCAUAGAAUCUGGUGCACCCAACGUUAUCCUACUCCGCCAAGACAAAUCGUCGUCUGUGGCUAUCGGCACCUUCGACUACAGCGACUUGAAUAGCUACCUCCUGCUUGUUGUCGGCUUAGCACAUCCCGACGAAGGAGACGUCAAGUCUUUCGAUGAGCUUGCCAAGAAGGGUCGCGAAGGCAAGCCUAUACCGCUCAAGGAUGUGAAAGAGCUGGGCCGGAAGGAACCUUUGAUAACGCUGCCUGCCUCAGCCGACUUGACCAAGGCCAUGGAGGUAUUCGGCAGCGGUGUGCAUCGCGUCUUGGUCGUGAAGGAGGGGACUACCGACGUGAUUGGCAUCCUCACCCAGUUACGCCUCCUGCAAUUCUUCUGGGACAACAGGCAGAGCUUUCCAGUGGUGAACCAGCUAUAUCCUUCGCUUAUCAAGGAAUUGAACCUUGGGACACAGUCGGUCAUCGCAAUAAACGGCGAUAAACCUCUGACUGAUGCUCUCGAAUUGAUGAACAAUGAGGGCGUCACUUCUCUACCGGUUCUGGACGCUCAAAACAACGUCAUUGGCAACAUCUCACUUGUUGACGUUCGGCUCCUUACUAAAACCACAUCUUUACCGCUUCUGCGCUCCUCUUGCAUCCACUUCAUAGGCGUCAUUCUCAGCGAGCGCGGUGUCAACGACGGCAAGGACUCAUUCCCAGUAUUUCAUAUUACCCCUUACUCCACCCUCGCACACACCGUCGCCAAACUUGUCGCUACCCGCUCUCACCGCAUGUGGAUCGUAGAUGCCCCGUCUCCCGCAUCAUCUGGACCACCAACCCCAUCAAUCACCCCCGCCGUCAUGCCUCUUCCUUCGCCCGUUGCAUCUCUUCCAUCGGCAGCAUCAGCACCACUCUCUGCCCCGUCUCCCCUCCUCUCCGGCGCCGCUGCACCUGCUAUAUCAGCGAACGCCAUACCAGGCGCCAGCCUAUCAGGUCGCCUCAGCGGCGUCGUUAGUCUCACAGACAUUCUCAACCUUUUCGCCCGUGCGAGCGGCUUGAACCCUCACGACCCUGAUGAAGCACGGAGAGCAAGACGGCGCAGCAGCAGUUCUAGUAUGCGUAGAAGCAUAGAUAGCUCGAGGAGCGAGAGUAUGAGUCGGUCGUUUGGACGCAGGAGCAGUGUCAGCGAUAGGGAUGCGGCUCAUAGGGGCUUGGGAAUCGUGAGGGGCAGGGCGAGCGGCGCUGGCACGGGAUAG